CGCGUUUAAGGAAAUGAGGUUAUGUUUUUAAUUUUGUGGGGCCGGUGUCUUGUGUUGUUUAUUUAUUAAACUACUAUGAAAAGACUUAAUUAAAAAUUUGUAAACGCAAAUAAACAAUAGUGAGAACCAUGAGUGUGUGCACACCAAAUCGUAACGUUUUCAACAAUUCUUUUGCAUUAGAACGGAGCCUCUCAGUGAAUAAAACACGGCGAACUAUUCGUAAAAGUUUUAUCUGGGGUUCCGUAAACCUCCUUAUCCUUGCGGUUCUUCUUUAUGAUAUAGCGAAUUCAUGUCCUUUGUACACCGAUAUUUAUGAUUACAUCAAAUAUGCGUUUGCUCUUGUAGUAACCAUAAAUAUUUUGUUUUAUGCUGCAAAGAUUAUGAUCUCAAAUUUUAAUAAUGAACCAAUACCAAUCACUUUGGAGCAGAAGAAGUUGUUGGGAAUUAGUGAUUCAGAUCCUAAUUUUAAAAUUAUUGAUAAGAUACAUACGCCAGCUCAAACACCUUCACACUCAUUUUCAAACAGCCCUAGUCCUCCAAAUUCGCCAUUGUCUAGUACUCCAAUGAAUAUGACUGCAAACAGUUGGAGGUCUAGUCCCAAUGAUAGUUUAAAUUACUCACUGUCAUCACCAUCUUGGACUUAUCAUAAAGUAGUUUCUGGUCCUAACCCUUCUUCAUUCCCAUCCGAUAGCCCCAUUAGUAAUAUUCAAUAUAGGGACACAUCGGGGAUUGAAUUUAUCCAAGAUGAGAAGGAUUUAGAUACAUACUUAAAAGAGUUUGAAGCAAACACGAGUGUUAAAAACUUGAACAAUCAAACACAACAACCUUCAAAUUUGUUGAGUUCUUUUUGGAGCCAUCCUGUAACAAAGACUGCCAAAGAUAUGUCUAGUUUUUUGAAAAGAUGUACCUAUCAACUAGCGACACAAUCUCCUACUAAUCUCAAUUCAAGUAGUCCGAAAAAUAAAACUGAAAAUAAAAGUUCACCUACAGCAUAUCAAACUUCCGCUUUGGCUCAUUGGUCAAGGCUUAAUAUUGAUAUAGUUUCAUUAACCCAAUGGAAUGAAAAUUUACGCAAAUGGAUUUCCCAAACCAUUUUAGAAAGACUGAUAAAAGAAUUUAAUAAUAUUAAUGAAUCUUUUGAGAAACAUGGACUGACGGAUAUUAAAAUUGGCCAAGUUGGGUUAGACAGACUUCGAAAGACAGCGCAAGUUGCACAUGUGACUCACUUUAUUCCAAGUUUACCAACUUUGAUACCCUUUUUGGAAGUUACCUCCAACCAGGAAUACUUAGAAAAACGGAUAAGGGAAUUAGCUAAAGGGGGUUGUAUGAGUGACUUUAAAUGGAGUGGAGGAAGUUGCUACAACGGGAAAGAUUGGGAUGAUUCACUCCCGACUGAUUCAGCCAUCAUAAUGCACUUGUUUGCUUCAUACUUGGAUACUCAGCUAAUGCCAUUACCAAGUAUGCCUGAUACAAAACCAUUCAGUGGUCUGUAUUACAUAAAAAGCAAGGAUAAAUUACCUGCACUAACACCAAACAGCCUUUUUAUCCAACAAGUAUCUGAAAAACCCCCACAUUUUCGAGUAAUAGUGGGAGAAACUGUUUAUGAAAUGGUCAAGGGUUACAAUAAUUUAUUUUACAGUAUUUUGUUCUUUUUAUAUCAUGUAAACAAGCAAGAACAUGGAAUGUUAGGAAGAGUUAAUUUGGGGAGAGCGGGGAUUAAUAUGCUCUGGAUUAUUGGACAAUAAUUUUUUUUUUUCAAUAAAGAACAUUAUUACGGUA